AUGUCCUCAAAACCUACUAAAGCCCGAGAACAUAAAGGCUGGAACACUCGUUGUCUCAAUACAUGGCUCCUGGAAAUACUCGCUGCCAUUUUUAGCAUUGCCUGUUUUAUCGCGAUAUGUGCCAUCCUUCUAGCCUACAACAAUAAAACUCGACCCGACCUGUGGCACGGCUUAUCUUUGAAUGCCAUUAUCUCCGUGCUUGCGACCGGCUGCAAAUCUUCACUGUUGUUUAUGAUCGGAGAAGCCCUAAGUCAAAUCAAAUGGGUCUGGUUCCGCCGUGCAUCUAAGCCGCUCCUCGACAUGCAGACCUUUGAUAGUGCUAGCCGGGGCCCGCUUGGCUCGAUUAUGAUGAUAUUCCAAAGAAAAAGAUCACUCGCCACCUUUGGGGCCGCAAUCAUUGUUCUGUUGCUUGCUUUUGAUCCUUUCGUUCAACAGAUCACGAAAUACCCAACCCGAUCAGCAGCUAUAAGUGAUGGCACUGGUGUUGCGGUAACUAAGAAAUUAAAAUUCUUCGUCCCAUAUGCGACCCGAAUACAGUGGAAUAUAGCCUACUCAUCUGGAGUCUGGUCUGACGACAAUUUGUUUCAUGCAACCUGCUCGUCUGGAAACUGUACCUGGCCGGUGUUCCGUUCUGUUGGUGUUUGUAGCAAAUGCGCCGACAUUACUCCAUCUGUGGCCUUUGACUGUCACAAAAAUCCCCGCGAUAACGAGUCCCAUUGGGAUUAUAUGGAUCGUGAAGCACAAGCCCACCAUUUCAAUGCAUCGUGUCAUGUCACUCCGCCACUCGGGCAGUCCACGGUCGUCAAUUCCUCAUUCACGAUUGCGUACGCGAACCAAAGCACUCACCGUCAAUACGUGGAUCUCCAACAGAACAUAACAUGGCUUGUCUACUCGGGGUUUGUUCCUGAUGCCUCAGUCGAAUUUAUCCAACAUGUCGAUAACUCUACCUUCAUGGGGGUCACCAACCCUUUGAUGGUGCUCGCCUAUGUCAAAAUAGGAUACGAAUCAGCUUUUUUAAACUUGUCUGAUCCAAUCAAGGGGCUCAAGGUUGAUAAAGUCACUGAGUGUAGCCUUGCUAUUUGUCUAGGUGACUGGCAAAUUUCAGUUGAUCAGGGUACCACAAUGGCCGAAGCAUCAAACAUCGAUUAUGGCCAGUUAUUUUGGAGAAACAUCACCAGAGACGACAGCUGGAAAACUCCUACCUUGAGCCCAGUCGAAUUUGCAUUCUGUGAUAUUGAAGUCGCCGUCCUACUCACUGACGCCCCCUUUGUUGGCUCAAGCACUGGAUCCUAUGUGUCGAGCGAUGGAAAGGUUACAAUAUGGGAUGAUCUGGCGGAAAGAGGAACUCCAAGUACACAGCGCAUUGCCAGCGCCAGUCUCGAGCACGUUAUGUCCAACGUCGCUAACUCUUUAAACAAGAUGGCAUUGUAUAAUGACGGAGAAGAUGUGAAUGGUACCGCGUAUGAUACCGAAGUUUUCGUUGUGGUACAGUGGCCCUGGCUGAUUCUGCCAGGCUUAAUCGUGAGCUCUGGGAUUAUUUUUUUUAUUCUUGUUCUUCUUGGCAACAAGAACAUAACGCUUUGGAAAUCCUCUAUCUUUGCCUUUCUAUACCAUGGGUUGGACGACAUUGAUACAAGUGACUGCAUGACUGCGAGUAGUAUGGAAAAGGAGGCAGCCGACACAAGUGUCCAACUUCGGGUCUCCCAUGAGAAGGGUGAUCUGAAACUCGAAAGAGAGGAGAGAACUGCAGAAGCAUCUUAA